AGAAAAGCGCGUCUUCGGAUGCGUCUCCAAAGAGGAACUCGACGUUUGACAGAUUCGGAGGCUAAUACGGGAGGAAGGCUAAUAUGGUCUUGCUGCCAAACCACACGUCCAUCCCCAUACAUUACUCGCAAAAGAUUCUUACACACCCACGUCAACAUUAGCACAAGCAAUGAUUCCUACACAAUGACACAUUCGUCAAUGCUCCUCACAGAAUUCGUCGUGUUCGCGAAACAUAGUAUUGUGCAGGCUCUACGCACAGGCUCAGGAAUCAGAGACGGUUUGGUGAAAGAGCUAGAUCCUGAUGCUAUGAACAGAGGUGAUGGUUGAUCAUUAGCAGCUGCUGACGGCCCCGUGAGCCAAAUCACAGCCUGUCGAAGCACUGUCGGAAACGCGAUCCUUUAAAGUGAUAUGAGAACAGCCUAACACAAGUCUAUUCAUUUGUUCGUGCUGGUAGAUUG